CUGGAGUUUACACAGAGAGCCAGGCCAGCAGGUGAUUUGACUAGGCAGCUUCCUUGUUUCAUUCAGCUAUUCAAAUGCCAGCCACUACCGCAAAAAGGGAGAAAGAGAAGAGAAGAGAACAGAGGAGAAGAAGUUGAAUUAACCAAAACAAAACACAAAAAGCAGCCGUCACGGUGCGGCAGAUUCAUCGGAGCUCCGGGAGAAACGGACCCGCUGUGAUGACGGUCCUGUGUGGGAUGAGCGAGCAGCGGCUGUCUACGGAGAGGAGGAAGCCAGGAGCUGCUGCAUGCACACCAGCUGACAUGGGCUCAGCAGGUAGAUUUGCUGGUCAGACUCUGAGCCUCGCUUUGGGCCUCUGAGCGCUGGAGACUGAAGCCGUACGACCAUCAGCCCUUCAUCAUCCCUCCAUUCACCGAUGAGUCUCAGAGCACCGCUCUCUGCUGCCUCUACUGACAGCUAAAGGCACAACAUCCAUCUUUCCCUUGUUUGCUCCUGCCUCCAUCUGUUUUUUUUUUUUUCUAAACCCCAGUGAUGAAUCCCUACUCAAAUCCAACCCUGAACUCCUGCCUCUCGCCACAUGAGGGUGCCACUCCCUCCUUCAUAUCUAGCCCACCCCUCUUUACAGCCCCCAACUCAAAUCUAGACACCCACAGCCCGUCCCUGUCAGCAGCUUUACCCUCUCAUCCCAUCAUCCAGACGGGUCAUAGUUCCCACACACUUCGAAACGGUGACCUGCCUCCCUUUCAAGCUCCAUCAGCCCAAGACCUGAACCCAAACGUGAUCCCGUGCCCCUUCACCUCACUGCCCCCGGCCUCAGAUCCAGGCUUUAGUCUCAGCCCACCAUCCGAACCUUAUCCUCACCAAACUCCAGUCUCCUCUUUACCUCUAGGACCCACCCUAGAGCCCAUCCUGGGUGGAAACUCCACCCCAAACCCCUACGCUGACCCAUCCACACACCUGUCCCAGGUGUCAGUCGUCGUCCCGUCCCCAGGCCUCUGCCCGUCCUCGGAGGAGAUGUCCUGCCCGGACCUGGAGUGUGCCAUCUGCUUCAGCCAGUUCAACAAUGUCUUCCGCUGUCCCAAGAUGCUUCAGUGCAAGCACACGUUCUGCCUGGAGUGCCUGGCCCGCAUCAACGUCAAGUCGACCCAGCCCAACGUCAUCCAGUGCCCGCUGUGCCGUGGCCUCACCCCGCUGCCCACCCUCGGGCUGCCGAAGCUGGCCACGGACUCGGACGUGCUGUCCUACCUGCCGGCCGCCAUGCAGAGGGUCUACAGCAUCCGCUUCGUCCGCAACAAAGGAAAGCUGCAGGUCAAAAGGUCAUCUGAAGGUCGCCAGUGCGGUCAGAGGUCGCUGACGUCGUUCGGCCGCUCCCUGGACGUGGGGCUGCCCAGCCCGCCUGCAGGGGGCCUGAGAGGGGGCGGGGCAGAGGCGGGGGCAGUGGGCGGAGCUCUGUUCAGACUGACGGGCCAGCCGGCGUGUCGGGCCUUCCUCCUGACGUCUGUGGUGAUGAUGAUGCUGCUGCUGACGGGCAUCAUCAUCUUCCUCCUGUUCGUCAGGAACAGCCAGCCCUGACUGAGUCUGCCCACACACACACACACACACACACACACACACACACACACACAACCUGCUCCUAACAUGUUUGCACAGUGAACAGGGAACUGUGAAACUUGAGCCUGAAAUCUGGAUCCUGUUUCUUCUGGCACAAACCGAAACACUCUGCAUGUACAAAAAAAAAAGAAAAAAGAAUUGGGUAUCAACUUGCUAAUCUGGGUUCUGUGUGCUGCUGUCCCGGGACAUGGACAGGGAUGAGCCCUGGGAACGACCAGGCUGGAUCCAAAAGUCCCUGAGAAAGUGCAAACACUGAAACUGAAGCAGCAGUGGACUUUAAUCGGCUCGACCUUGUGCCAAAACAGAGAGAGCAACAGUUCAGGUCAGCGUUUUUGUGCCAGUUCUUUAAUAUCGAGCCACUAAAGUGCGACUCAGGAGGCUGAGCAGGCCUCUCAGGGUGUGUGUGCAGAGUUUAUAAUGUUAUCACAGGUCAAAGUCUGCCCGAUGGCAAAGUGAACAAUAAUGAUAAUAGUUUGCUGGAUGCUAGAUAAAGCACCACCUCAUGGAAAUUAAACAUUAAACUUUUUAAUGCCUUAAAAACUGGAGUAUGAGCCUCGCCUCAGGUCUGAAAUCCUGAAAAAUAUAUAUAUACCGUUAUGUUCAGCCCAAAAUAUGGCCUGAGACCUCUGUGAGCCUUCCCAGUUUAUUGGUUUCUAACAUUAUGGAUUUAUUUUAACUUUAACUAAGACCAAAAUACUGAAUAUUAUGUCUACUUUAUAUGAACUUGAUGUAUUUAUUCCCUGUAUUGUUUAAGCUUUUUCACUGUUUUAUGCACUUUUAACCUAAAAUCUGUUAUCCCUCCAGCAUGCCCCCUUAACCCUCAUGAUGUACCAAAGUGCCUCGUCAUCACGACGCCAUCUUGUCCAGGUGUGUGUGUGUGUGUGUGUGUGUGUGUUGUUGUUGUUGUUGUUAUGUGCUGCUAUGCAAAUGAAGGGAGCAACAGUUACACUGCGAGGCGACAUGUGAAGACAGCGCUCGCUUCACGCCGAGUUCCUGACGUCCAUUUUCAUAAAUUUAAAUGUUGGGGGAAGAUUUUGCAUCGUGAAGGUGAAGUGAACAGGAGCUCCCCGGUCUGAGCUUCACAUCAGACAUUCACUUAGUUUGAGGCUUUUUUUUUUUUUUUUUUUUUUUUUUUUUUUUUUAACUUGUUUGGUACAGCCUGUCAGGAUGCGGUCGCCUGCAUAACAACUUGUCAACUGCAUUACAACAAAGAACAGAGAAGCUGUGUGCAGUCGGUGUCCUGUCGGAUAAAAAACAUGCAAAUGAGUAAACCUGUAUGGAGCUGAACUGAGAGAUCCUCACACCUAAGAGCUUUUGGGUGUGCGGAUCUAUUUGUUCAGCUCUGCAACGUAUUUUUGUUAUUUUUUUGAUUCAGCAGCAUUCUUAUUGGGCAUUGGGAUGUGUCUUAAAAUUCAUAAAAUUCAACCUAUACUUUGUGUGUGUGUGUGUCCACAUGGUGGUGAGAUCUCCUCAUUAGCUGCUCCGUUGUUCCACAACACUGGAUUUAUAUCUCCAUUCACUUCCAUAGUGCAGCAAAAUGAGCCCUAAAAUUAAAGUUAAGUUUUGUGUAAUUACAAUUACUUGUCAAAGUGCUAUGAGGUUGUUUCCUCCUGGUGUAAAGUCACUGUGCAGAGGUUCCCUGCAGACACUACCUGCUGGAUCUGCUUUCCAAUUCAAAUAGGAAAGUUAACAAAAGAGACGUUUAAUUUCCUCGCAAAAAAUGGGUACCAGGUGGUUUUUUUUGUUUUUUUUUUGUGAAAAUUCUCUGUGUUGGUGUUGGUUUCUGUGCUAAAAGUGUUUAUUUCGGGAGCGGUUUUGCUGUGGAAGUGACUAGAGAGAUACAAAUCCAGCAGCUAAUGAGGGGAUUUCACCACCAUGUAGACCCACACACACACACACACACACACACACACACCAGCACAGGACAGGCUGGGUUUAUUUAAAGUGUUCAUCCCAAAACCUUAAAUUUAAAAUGUAGCACUGCAUCUUCACAUGCAAUAAAAAAGGAGAGAGAGGAUUAUUUUUUUAAACCAUUUAUUAUUUUUUUCUUAAUCAUGAUUCUAAUUUAUAAGCGCAUCACAAUAUUGAACCAUCCUCAUUGUGCUGCUCCAGUCUGGCCAUUGAUUUUUAAAGAGAGUGCAGUUAACCUCUGGAAGCUGCUUGUUGUUGUCAUAAACUGGAAUGAACAUGAACCAGGUUUUCAUGCUUUGUCAUUUUCCACAUGCGUCCUGUAGGUCUGACUGAUGGGUUUUACCUGUUUUAUCACUGCACUGUAAAAUAUAAUGUUUUAUAUGUAAACUGUUUGUUUUUUUUAGCAAAGGUUGCACUGUUUGCUUCUCAUAAAACUUGAAAUAAAUAGCUUUUUGAAUUGCAG